AGAAAAGAGCCGAGCCUAUAACUAAACUACAAGCUCCCUAUUUACGUAACAUCUUACUCAUACACGAUCUUUGGUUGCAGUCUCUCCUUUUAUCACAAGAUGGCGCUGAAACACUUUGAUUAUGUUUGGUAGAAAGAUUAUUCCUUUCAACAGCACGCGAAUACGAUGAUAUAUUGUUAUGGGUGUUUUAAAGAGGGCGGAUAAACAACUGAAAACAAUGAGUUGUUUUGUUUUUUUGGUGAAUUGUUUGUUAAUUUCGGACGUGUGCUCCGGAACCAAUGUUCGUACAGCUCCGCGGUAACACCAGGACACCAUUCGUCGACGGACUGUACACAAACCAACAUGUGUGAGCUGACAACUGUCUUUUAAUAAACGUAAAUAUAAAUUGAUAACACAGCUUUCAGACCUUUCAAACUCUUUUGAAAAUAGUAUGUAAGUAGCGAAAUAGACACAUAUCAUCGCUCAAGCUCAAACAGGCUUUUAAGAAGCACCGAGCUCGUUGUUAUUGUGGCCGCAGAGGACAAACCACACAGGACAUUCAAUUGAGCACCCUGAUGCUGAUGAAGUUCUGCACAUUUGGUGGACGUCUCAGGUCUUUUUUUGUCAACCCCUCGGCCUGUUCUUUCACUACUUCCAGCAACAUGGCGAAGAGCAAGUUUGAGUAUGUCCGAAACUUUGAAACAGAUGACACAUGUCUCCGAAACUGCUACAUUGUAGUGAGACUGGAUGGACGCAACUUCCACAAGUUUGCAGAGCAGCACAAGUUCACAAAGCCCAAUGAUAACAGAGCGUUGGGCCUGAUGACCCAGUGUGCACGCUCUGUCAUGGGAGAACUUGAGGAUAUUGUCAUCGCUUAUGGUCAAAGUGAUGAGUUCAGCUUUGUUUUCAAGAGGACCACCACCUUGUUUAAGAGGAGAGCCAGCAAGCUCAUGACCCACGUGACCUCCCAGUUCUCCUCCUCAUAUGUGUUUUACUGGAAGGAGUUUUUCGGGGAACAGUCCCUCUUGUACCCCCCAAGCUUUGAUGGACGUGUGGUCCUGUAUCCUAGCAACCGCAACCUCAGAGACUAUCUCAACUGGAGGCAAGCGGACUGCCACGUUAAUAAUUUGCACAACACAGUGUUUUGGACAUUAGUACAAAGGGGAGGACUCACUACAACCCAGGCAGAUGAACGCUUAAAGGGAACAUUAGCUGCGGACAAAAAUGAGAUCCUGUUCUCUGAGUUUGAUAUCAACUACAACAAUGAAUCUGCCCUCCAUAAGAAAGGCACCACUCUCAUCUGGGAAAAGCGAGAUGAAACUGUCACUAAACGCACAAAGCUACCAAAUGAAGAGGAGAAGGACGUGCCUGUGACCCGCACCAGGAGGAGGGUGCAGGCCCACCACUGUGACAUUAUAGGAGACCAGUUCUGGGAGGAACACCCAGACAUCCUGGAGGAUGACAACUGCUAACAGCUUCUGAGCUGCUGUAGGAGAAGAAUACUGAACUCCAGAGUCCAGCCAGAAAGGUUGAAGAGGACCCAUACAAGAAGUGGACAGGUUGAAUUUGACUUUUAAGGGAUAAAGGACUAUGUGUCAAACAUGCCACCAUGAAGCUUAGUACCCUUGAAUCCCUUGAAUUGUUCUGAGACCAAAGCCUUUGAUGGUUGACUUUGUGCGAUUACAGCCAGAAUACAUAUUCUUACUUUCACGUGUUAAACUUCUGUCAUAAUGUUCCCUUAAAGUAGGAUGUUUUCAGCUUAAAUUGCAUGAUAAUGCCUGUUGUGUUCAAACGGAAGCAGAUGAUUUCAUAAUCUUUCACCAGUGCUGUUGAGGACAUGCACAGCAGUUUGAUAGUUUAUACUGUCUCAUAGACAUCUGGUCAUUCCUCUCUAACCUUUUCUAAGGUUAUAUAUAAUACACCCUCAUUUGAUGUCAUGAAUGGCAUUUAUAAUACUACUGUGACUAAAUCUUUCAGCAUGUUAAACAUC